AUGUUAAUUAAGGAGAGCUUUGCUGAUGUGAAAACGCUCGCCGAUGGCAAGGAGGGUUCGAUGAGAAUCUUCUUGUUCCAUCCCACCAUCGCCGGUUAUCCCAACGCUCGCUUCCCGGGAGUUGUGCUUUUCAGCGAGAUCUACCAGGGUGAGAUGCAUUCUCUCCGGCCAGCGACCAGCAACUCAUUAUGUGUGGUGGACUCAACCCGAUCAGUCGACUACCUCCUCUCACUGCCCACCUGCACUGGCCGUAUCGGCGCAACAGGCAUGUGUCUAGGUGGGCACCUGGCCCUGCGCGCAAGUCUCGACCCCCGUAUAACCGCCUCAGUCUGCUACUUUCCCACCGACAUCCACACGCGGACACUGGGCCCAUACACGGCGGCCAACUCGUCGGCGACGGCGCCGUCGGCGGACAGCCAGCACACGCUGGACCAGCUGGGGCGGAUCCGGGGCGAGGUGUCGCUGAUCUUCGGGGUCAAGGACACGCACGUGCCCGACGCCGGGCGCGACCUGAUCCGGCUCAAGAUGCGCGAGGCCGGCGUCACGACCAGCUUCCACGAGUUCGCGUGGGCCCAGCACGCCUUCAUCCGCGACGAGCUGAGCAAAGGCCGCUACGACCCCGCUGUCAGCAAGGCUUGUUUCGAGGUGCUGCUCGAGGUGUUUGGCCGCGUGCUGAAGACCGAGCUCGGCGAACCCGAGGGCGGCGUGCCCGCUGUGGAGCAUGUUUGCUGA